AUGUAUCGCAAAGGGAAUCGUUUUUCAGCCGGGCCCUGCCGGGCCCCGAACCCCCGCCUCCCGAGCGGCCGCACCAUCUUCCCGCCCCCGGACCGCCGGGCCGGGGCCCUGGGCCCCCCCCCCGCCCCAUCACUCCGACCUCCCCCGAGCCCUCCAGCCAAUCCGCGGGCGCUCCCCGGCCGCCCCGACCGCAUCACCCUCGCCCUCGCAGCUCCCAUCUCUUUAUCUCACCCCCCACCCCGGGGUGCGCGGCGCGUGGGCAGCCCCCGCCCCCGCGCGGCUGAGCGAGCCGGGCCCCACGAGGCUUACCCGACCGGGGCGCUCCGGGGUCCUCCGGCGUCAGGCCCCGGCUCCAGCCGCUGCGCCUCGGCCUCCUCCGCAGCCGGGGGCCACAGCCGGGGCGGGGCCCGCACCGGAAGCGGCGCCGCGGGGCCGGGGCCCGACCCUGACAUCAGCCCCCCCAUCUCUAGCGACCCUGACAUCAGCCCCCCCAUCUCCAGCGACCUUGACAUCGGCCCCCCAUCUCUAGCGACCCUGACAGCGGCCCCCAUCUCUAGCGACCCUGACAUCGGCCCCCCCAUCUCUAGCGACCCUGACAUCAGCCCCCCCAUCUCCAGCGACCCUGACAGCGGCCCCCAUCUCUAUGACCCUGACACCAGCCCCCCAUCUCUAGCGACCCUGACAUCGGCCCCCAUCUCUAGCGACCCUGACAGCAGCCCCCCCAUCUCUAGCGACCCUGACAGCGGCCCCCCCAUCUCUAGCAACCCUGACAUCGGCCCCCCAUCUCUAGCGACCCUGACAUAG